AAUUGGUAUUUUCUCCUACAAACGCACAAUUUUCUGUGAGAUUUGUUACACUUAACGUUUGUAAGCGACCACCUGCACAACCUUUCAACAUGCAGAACGACGCUGGUGAAUUUGUGGACCUUUACGUCCCACGUAAAUGCUCUGCCAGCAACAGAAUCAUUGGAGCCAAGGACCACGCCUCCAUCCAGAUCAACAUUGCUGAGGUUGACAAGGUGACCGGUCGCUUCAAUGGUCAGUUCAAGACCUACGCUAUCUGUGGCGCCAUCCGCAGAAUGGGUGAGUCCGACGACUCCAUCCUGAGGCUGGCGAAGAACGACUCCGUUGUCGCAAAGAAUUUCUGAGUGUGACGCUGGAAACUUUGUUAAAAUAAAAUGGAAAAAAAAACCUA